AUGUCCACCACCAAAUUCAUAAUUGAGUUUCGUCAAGGCAGCUCCAUAUCUAUUGCCAAGGAACAAAAGAACGACCACCAUUCAAUCUUAUCUCCUUUCAAUCCAUUGUCUAAGCUAUUUCCUAAUGGCAUUAUCAACUCCGAUUGGUUUGACAAGUACAUCAACCAUAUCCCGUUUGCAGUGGUGUAUAUUAUCCAAGGAGACGACAAUGUGUUGAACAAGAUAAACGCAGCUGAAGCUACGUUGAAACCAUUGGGAAUCACCCCCGUGGUGUUGCUAGUUGAUGGUGACCUGGUUAUAGACUAUGUCAAACUAAACACGUCUGUAAUUGUAUAUACAUUUGAAUCAGACCCGGAUCUGAUAAAGUUGUUGAUGGCCCAACUCAUGCAUAUCUCCCACGACUUUUAUGCAAACAUAGAAGCCAAGAUCAAGCAGAGAUACAAAAAGUACUACACCACCGUAGAAAAUGAUACCGUUGACACCAAUGUCGAACUAACUCCCAAGUUCUUGGAGGUACGUAACUUGAUUAAACAAGGUAUGAUUGCCCAGUUUAUGAACAGCUCAGACUUGACAACCGCCAUACGAUUGCUUGAACUUGCCUACGACAUAUUACUCGGAUUACUUCCUGCAACCCCUCAUGAAUUACCCCAUGACAUUGAGCUCACCACCCAAUUCAAAACAUUGCUUGACAUUCUCUGUUUCCACAUUGUUCGAGGCUAUUUCUCAAUCGAAGAACCACUCAAGGCAUUCAAGUUCCACAAGCUACACAUCAUACACGGAGACACAAACAAUGACAACUGGAUAUCGCUCCAAUAUCACUGGUUAGCAGAACUAGUCCACACGAUCCCACUGGCAAUAACCACCAUACUGAAAACCAAACGCACACCACCACUCACGACAUAUUUCGGUGGAGUUCAUUUAUCUCAAUUUGACAUAAUCUCCGAUGCAAGCUUACUCCUUGUAAAGGCAUAUGAAUCAAUCAAGAACGGUGAUCAUCAGCAGAAGAUCAAGUUGUUGCAGAAGGCAUUACUGUGGUUUGACGGGUUGUCUAGUUUCAUCGAGUAUAUCAAUUGGUUACUUGCCGAGGAAUACUACACCAUUAAUGAAUAUGCUAAAGCAAUAGAUCAUUAUAAGUUGAUUCAUGCCACGAAUUUCAUCUUGUAUAAACUUCUUCAGUGUUAUUUGCAUACAGAUGAUACCAAGCUAGCAUUGACCAGUUUGGUGAAGUUAUCGUUAUUGUCUUAUAAACCAGUGCCACAAAUUUCGUUUGAAAAGUCAUUAGAGAUUGAUUUGUUGGAUGAGGAUCAAUUGUUCUCUGUUGAUGUGUUGAUAUUUGGCAAUGAUCAAGUAUAUGUUCGUGACGAAGUAACUUUACAAAUCGUCCUCCAUUCAAACAGUCACUUGUCAAGAUUAGUCAAGGGUAAUGUUGAUAUAACAAUCAAUCAAGUUGAUGUGAUUGUGACCUCGCAAGGAAAACACAAGGGUAUGAAGUCUAUCUCAAUCACUCAUGACAACAAUAAACCAAUAACUAAAUUGGCCAAACUUCACGGACAAGAAUUAGAUGAAUCAUUUGUAGAUUCCAUGAAUUUACAAUUCACCGACAAAUCCAAGAUUAUUCAUCAUUUACAAACCAUGACUAAUUCAGGAACAUUUGAAAUUGAAUGCAUUAAACUACAAACUACUAUCAAGAUCACUUCUGAACACACAAUCACAUUAAACAAGAUUGAACUUCACAACACGUUUGUUCCUCACCAUCACCACACUACUAUCUACCAAGACCACGGUAAAUACAACAAGAGAUUAACAACCCCGGGAAACAUCAUCAAAGUUCUACCAGUACGCCCUACAAUCUCCAUCACUCUUUUGAAAGACCUUCAAUCGUACAUCCUCGGCGAAAGACUAGUCAUUCCUUUGAAAAUUGAGUUCCCCAACCAGGACAACAAAUCCGUGAAACUUACAGCAAAAGUAAAGGGUGAUGUUACGUGGAAUUGGCACUCGCUCAAAGACGACGAACCGUUAUUACUACAAACUGGAAGUGAUAACUAUCAAUUGCACGUGUUCACACGCACGCCUCAAGAAUUAUUAUCAGUGGAUUUAACAGCUAUGGUUGAUGAUGACGAGGAAGUACUAGUGUACGAUGUAGCAAGUUAUGUGUUCCCCAUAAUGAGAAAGUCUCCUUUUGCGUGUGAUUACUUGAUCAGCCCUAGUUACCGAGACCUGACUUUGGACAUGCCCAGCCCGUUUGUUGUCACUGACACAGCUAUGCCGGUGACUACUCGUUUGUGGCAGGGAAAACUAGACAUCAAUGAUGAAUUUAGAUUAGAGAUUGUCAAUAUAGAAUACACUAUUAUUUCAUCAAACCCUGAGAUUGAAGUGAAUGUGUUGUCAAGCAGUAAAGAAAUGGUGCUAUUUACCACCAGGGCCAAAUCUGGCGGAUUCAAUCUCAGAAAUGUCAAUGUGGUUACAUCAUCGACGAUUAAAUGGCGUCGAGAUGAACACUCUCCUGUGAACGAUUACACCACGCCGGAAUGGGAAGUCACGCUUCCGUUAUCUGAUCCUAGAUUGCUCUUAGUUCCCAAGGCUGAUGCUGAUUCAUUCACGUUGAAUUACAUUUUGGAAAAUCCCACACCAAGGAUAUUUACAUUUACUACCUUGUUAACGUUCGAAGAUUGGAGUUUUGAAGAUCAACGAAAUAUUGUUCCAAUAAAGCAGAAUCCAUUCCCGGUAUUGCCGUUCAGUAGACACCAUAUGAUCUUCUAUGGGAAGUAUACAGGUGAAGAAAAAGAUGAGAUUAAGUUACCACUUUUCAAGGUGUUUGAUGUGCAGUAUAAAGUUGGGUUGCCUACUUUGGCUUGUCUGAAGGAGACAAUUGUCAAGCUGGGAGAUGUUUAUUGGAAAUGCAAAUAG